AUGAGAGACAAAGGAUUUUCACCUCUUCGUCCGCUCUUCUUCUUUGCUUCCUUUAUUGUAACGCUGCACCUCGUUAAUGGAGACCUGAGUUAUUCUAUUCCAGAAGAGAUGAAACGCGAGUCUGUUAUUGAAAAUCUAGCCAAAGAUCUCGGUCUUGAUCUGAGGACAUUAUCUUCCCGAAAGGCCCGUGUUGAUUUUGAGGGGACUCGUAAACGGUACUGUGAUAUUAAUCUGAGUACUGGUGAUUUGAUCACAUCGGAGAGAAUUGACAGAGAAAGCCUUUGUGGCAAGAAACCGUCGUGUGUUGUUGCGGUUGAUCUGGUAUUGGAAAAUCCUCUGGAGCUUCAUCGACUGAGUCUUCAUAUUCAAGAUGUGAACGACAACUCGCCAAAAUUCAAAGAAAAUUUGAUUGAAAUGGAAAUACGGGAGUCGGCUGAAAAGGGUAACCGCUUCUCCAUUGAGGAGGCCCAUGACGCAGAUAUAGGUCAAAAUGCUGUUCAAAGAUACAGUCUCGAAAAGAACGACAACUUUAUUCUCGCUGUUGACAGCAACAAGGUUGAGCUCGUACUGGAGAAUAAACUUGAUCGCGAAAAGCAAAAAGAGAUUAAUUUGCUUCUGACAGCUUUAGAUGGUGGCUCUCCUCAGAGAUCAGGUACUGUAGUCAUACACGUCACUGUGCUGGAUGCUAAUGAUAACGCCCCAGUGUUCAGUCAGGCCGUUUAUGAAGCCAGUCUGCCUGAAAACUCUCCUCCAGAUACUAUAGUGAUUACUGUCAGUGCUACUGACGCAGAUGAAGGAGUGAACGGAGAUGUGACAUAUGACUUAAGCCAUGUGUCUGAUGACGAU